AUGUUCAGUCAAUAUUAUCGGCUGACAAUUUUUCCAGUGACUGAUUCAUCUUCCCAAACCUUGUGGAAAAAGUCGCGACGAUUGUCCGGUUAUGGCUCUGUUGUCCUGAACGCCCAGAAAAGCAGAGCAACUUUUUAGCGCGAGGCGGUCCACUUGUGGAACACCGGCCAACGCAAACAAAGGUGUUAUUGUCCAGUUGGAAGCUCCUGGGAAGGCCACAACAGCAGUCAUGUCGCGGCUUCAGCCUGUCGUGUUCGUUCUCCUUGUCCUCUGCUGCCAAGUCGUUUUCUCCAAAAACGCCAAAGAAGGUUAUUUGUUUGAGCUUUGAAAACUUGUCAUCCUCGCAAGCUAGCAGGCUGAGGAUUCCUUCCUUGUCGUUUCUUUUUUAUUCCCCUUUCUGCAACGAAUAGAUUAUAGCAAAGAGUGCAGGGAAAAUGAAAAAUAGGAGAGCACCUCAAAAUGCGAAACUUCCAGUGGAAACUAUUGGUCCUUGCGUCAACGGACUCUGCCCGACGUCUUAUUCUUGCAGUCACAACGACAAAUGUAUGCGGGAAAUGCGUGAGUUUAUAUUUCUUGAUUUUCUCUGAUCUCCAAGCGUCCAAUAAGUUUUGAACUUGCUAGAAAACAAUACAAUUUAUUGAUCUUGUCCACUUCAAAUUUCAUCCCUUUUGAUGUUUUCAAGUUGCGUGGGAAAGAAAAGUGUAAUCCUUUCUCGAAGGUCUUGCUCUUUAAUUCUGCCGAACUCAUCGGCACAGUACCAAAAAAGAGAAGGUUCCGGUUUCAGCGAGAGCUCGCGUCGGAUCCAUGGCCAUCGGUCCCUGUGUCAACGAGCAAUGUCCGGUCGGCCACACUUGCAAGCGAAGCGACUAUCAAUGCUACCCUACCGCUUAA